AUGGCGCAACUAUUGCGGAGCAAUGAUGAUGCAAAGCAUCGAAUCUCCGAUUCCCCAAAGGGUCUGGCACGUAAGUGCCCUCACUUUGUGAGAAACAUUUUUGAUUUACCCGAAUUACUAGAACAGAUCUUAUAUUUUUUAGAAAUCGAUCGAUCCCUCUAUCCUGCUUUAUUUGUUAAUCGGCUUUGGUACAAGUGUGGUAUACCGCUACUAUGGAGGAGAGUUGAGUUAAAAGGUAAUGAUAUUCAUUACGGGCAUUAUUUCCCAGUUGAAUAUAAUUAUUGCGAACGAUAUCGAACGCGGUUAGAAAGUUUCAUAAAGCUGAUAUGCGAGGAGAAAAAAUCUGUCUAUGCCUCAAACCUGAAAAGCUUAAAAAUUUCAUAUUAUUGUUCAAUUACACACAAAUUAAUUAGAUCUAUCAUAAAUUACUGCCCAAAUAUAAUUCAUUUAGACUUUAAAAAAAGCGUGGGCAUUAGUGAUAAGACACUAAUUAGAAUAGCUUCAUCAUAUCCAAAUUUAAAACAUCUUAAUUUAUGGGAUAAUCGAAUGAUAACUGAUGAAGGACUAUGUCAAAUUGCACAAUCAUGCUAUAAAUUGGAAUAUCUAAAUAUUUCCUACUGUAGAGGUAUUACCGAUAAAUCAUUGAUAGCAAUUGCGGAAUCGUGUCGUAUACCGGCUAGUCGUGGAAAAAUCAAAGAUGCUGAUAUGUUAAUACAAGCACAUCUCAAAAUAGAGUAUCUCGAUUUCGCCGGGGUUAUGGCUUUUCGAAACGAUUUUCUUAUUGUAGCUAUUAUCAGGUCUUCUCCAAAUUUAAAACAUUUCAAUAUUUCCCAUAAUGAUGUCGGCGAUGAGGUUGUUGAGGCACUAGCUCAUACAUGCCACGAAAUAGAAUAUCUUGAUCUUGGAGGUGAAUAUCGAGUUGAAUUGGUCAGGCCUUCAGAGGACGUUAAUAUGUGCAUUAGCACUAGCUCCGCUAUUCGAAAUCGGUAG